AUGGCGGCGGCGGGGGAUGGCGGUGGUGGGCCCGAGGAGGGCGUCGGCGAGAGCUCGUCCCCGCCUCGCGACCCCGUGCCCGCGCCCGCGCCCGCUGCCUCCGGCGGGAGCGGUGGCGGCUGCCGCGGCGGGGGCCUCCGCGACAUCUGCCGCGAGGUGUUCGAGCGCCUCGUCAGCGAUGGCCACGCGGCGGGCUCCGAGCUCCUCGCCCAGCUCGAGGCCCACUUCAAUCGGCUCCCCAUCAGCUACAAGCUGGAUGUGAAUAUUGACAAAGCAGAGGACGUGUUAAUCCAUCAGAAAGUUUUGGCAGAAGCAAAGGAUCCUGAUAGGCGCCCAGCGUUCGCUGUCCGUUUCCUCAGGCUUGAAGAGGUAAAUGUGGACGAGACAACUAACUCUGAUGCACAUGAAGAAGGGGCUGAUAUUGGUGAAGCUCUUUCUACCAGGUCAAAGACAUACACACACAUUCAUGAGAUACUAUUCUCCACUAAGGACAAACCCAAGCUCCUGAGUCAGUUGUCUGCUUUGCUUUCUGACAUCGGACUGAACAUCAGGGAGGCACAUGUGUUCUCAACAACAGAUGGUUAUUCUCUUGAUGUUUUUGUUGUUGACGGUUGGCCCAUUGAGGAAACUGAUGGUUUGCAUAAGGCACUAGAAGCAUCAAUUUUGAGAAAUGAGGGUUCAUGGUCUGGCUCUGAAUCCUCAGCUUCCGAAAGAUCGGUGCCAUUCCUAGCACAGGAUUGUGAAACAGAUAUUGACACAAAACUUCUGAAGAUUGUAAAGAAGGUUGCUUCUGGAUCUUGUGGGGACAUGUUUCUUGGGACCUACAGUGGUGAGGAGGUUGCUGUUAAAGUUCUUAAUCCUGAGAAUUUGAACCAAAAUGCAUGGAGUGAAUUUAAGCAAGAAAUCUACAUGUUAAGGGAAGUUGAUCAUCCGAAUAUUGUCCGAUUCAUUGGUUCAUGCACAAAGCCACCUCAGUUUUACAUAAUUACAGAGUGCAUGUCUAGAGGAAGUCUGUUUGAUUUCUUGCACAAUGAGCAUAAUGUGUUGGACCUCCCAACACUUCUGAAGUUCGCACUAGAUGUAUGCCGAGGGAUGUCCUACUUGCAUCAGAAAGGCAUUAUCCACAGAGAUUUAAAGUCAGCCAACCUUUUAUUGGAUAAAGAUCAUGUUGUUAAAGUAGCAGAUUUUGGUCUAGCUCGUUUUCAGGAUGGAGGGGGUGCUAUGACUGCUGAAACUGGGACCUAUAGAUGGAUGGCACCUGAGGUUAUAAAUCAUCAGCCCUAUGACAACAAAGCAGAUGUAUACAGUUUUGCUCUUGUACUUUGGGAGCUCAUGACAUCCAAGAUUCCAUAUAAUACCAUGAGCCCCCUCCAAGCAGCUGUUGGUGUGAGGCAGGGAUUGCGGCCACAAGUUCCAGAAAAUGCGCAUCCCAAGCUCAUAAACUUGAUGCAGAGAUGUUGGGAAGCCAUCCCGUCUGAUCGCCUUUCAUUUGCGGAGAUCAUUCCUGAACUAGAGGAUAUUCAAGCACAAGCGCAGGUGUUACGGAUGCCUGUAGGUGACUGGUUCUGGAAGCGAGGUGCCUCCAUCCUCAGGUUCUCCUGGCUUCCUGCAACCACCACACUGAUUGGUUCAUAUCAGUUGCAUCUUUCCUGCAAGAACAAAUGCAGUGCAAUGCGCGGCGGUGUUUACAGCAGUUGA